AUGAACGUGUCUCCCAAACCUUCAUCUGGUGAUGAGCAGCACCUUCAGGCAGUCAUCAGGACACAGGACAUGUCCACGUGGCUGUUGUCUCCCCCGAAUGGCAUCUCUCGGGACAGCUGGCACAAGCACCACAAGACCGGGGGCAAGAGAAAGCCUAACCAUAAGAAGCAGAAGUACGAGCUGGGGUGCCCCACUGCCAGUGCCAAGAUUGGCCCCUGCCACAUCCACACAGUCCAUGUGCAGAGAAGUCACAAAACACACUGUGCCCUGAGGCUGGAUGUGGGGAGUUUCUCCUGGGGCCCAGAGUGUUGUAAUCACAAAACAAGCAUCAUGGAUGUUGUCUACAGUGUGUCCAAUAAUGAGUUGGUCUGGACCAAGACGCUGGUGAAGAGCUGCGUCAUACUCGCUGACAACACACCGUGGUGGUACGAGUCCUACCAUGCACUGCUCCUGGGCUGCAAGAAAGGGGCCAAGCUGACUCCUGAGGAGGAAGAGGUUUUAAACAAAAACUGAUCUAGAAUUCAGAAGAAAUAUGAUGAAAGGAAAAAGAAUACCAAAGUCAGCCUCCGGAGAAGCAGCUCCAGCAGGGCAAGCACCGCGUCAAGGCCAGGACGGUGUGGCCAGGCAGAUGGCUACGUGCUAGAGGGCAAGGAGUCAGAGUUCUGUCUUAGGAAAAUCAGGGCCUGGAAACACAAAUAA